GGCAUGACUCUAUCCCCUGGAGACGUCCGCACAUGUUGACAUUAACUUCAAGCGCCUGCCUUAUAACAAGUGCUACGAAAUAAAUGUUUAGAAGGUCGCUGCAAAACGCCCCAAAGGUUUGUGAAACGGACAGAUAAUCGCAUAUUCGUGCAACUAACGGAAAUAUUUUUGAAAGGGCAGGAGAAAUCGGACUUUGCGAUCCUCUGUGGAGCGAUAAGUAAGCUUCUAUUUUUUACGAAGAUGUCACUCAUAACAUGUUUUACAGUGCGAAACGUUAACAUUAGUUUAUUACCGCACUGGUUCGCGAAUGCGAAUUAUUCUUGGUCAUGUGAGGCAUCUAGAAUCUUCAAGGUGACAGCUCUCGGUUCUUCCUCUUGCAGAGAAGCCGCGCUUCGCCCCCCGUCUUCGUUCCCAUAUGGGGCAUGGUCAACCCUGGUAAAGGACUCCUCUUCGUCGGAGUGCAACGAGGAUGACACCGACGCAUCCCAGGUGUCCGUGACUACGAGCCUUUGCUACGCUGCGCUCGUGCUCGCCACGGCACUGCUGGCGCUAUCCACAGCGCUAGUGCUGGUCCGGCUGGUACCCGGCACCAGCGAAAGCGUGUCGUCCCCCAACGCAGCUCAAGGAUCUCGAGCCCACAACGCUGUCCCGAGCUCUGCAAUGGCGCCACCACCGGCAGCGAAGACCACAGUCCAUGCCACUGCAGCCAACCCACGGGGCGAAGGCUUGCUGCAUGCCAUGGGCUCCAUGACAGAAGAGGAAAAAGAACAAGUUUCCAACAACAGCAGAUCCGCGGGCGAAGGAAAUUCGAGAAAUAAUACCGUGCAGCACCCUCGAGGGCUUCCGGAAAACAUUAGGACAGCAGUGCCUCCAGGUGGAGAAAGCUCCGACGACAGCUACCACCAUCUGUGCGACAUUGUGUUCUACACGCACUGCCCGAGGACCGCUCGCGAGUUCUACUUCAACGGGGCGACAAACUCGUGCGCGAGAGCGACCACGUCGUACGGUGCGGAGGUGUGCAACCGCAGCCCCAACAGGUUUGCCUCCAGGGCGAGCUGCGAGAAAACCUGCGUGCACGUCAGCCACCCCUCGGGCAGGUGCCUAGACAGGCCUGUCUUUUCUCAAUGCAGAAGCGCUGACCUCAAGAAGAGCAUGUGGUUCUUCGAGGGCGAAACGUGCCAACCGUGGGACUUCCCUUCGGGGAGGUGUCCAAUGGCUGACGGUGACCUCUUCGGCAGUCGACAGGCGUGCAUCGAGAAGUGCGUUAACAACCAGAUGUACCUGCCGCUGUGCCGAACACCGCCGUCAGGAACCUGCAGCCCCCGCCACCUUAAGUUCCCCUACUUCGCGGCCAAGCUACCCGGCUCGCGCAAGAUGCGAUGUCUCAAGACAUCGGCUCUGAGCCUACAGAAACGACUCUGUCUGACCGGGACUAACCGGUUUUCUUCACUCGCAUCCUGUAAGAGGACCUGUGGUCACGACGGAGAGCGCCGCUUCUUUGGGGCUUCGCCAGGAAUCCCCAUAGUGCCACCUCAGCUCCAUACUGGAUUCCCGAGUCCCAGCCAGAAGAGACCGCUGACACGGAUAACCGGGGACAGAAAGAGCAGGAAACGUAUGGAGUUACUGAGCACCUCGGAGCUGCCCCAGCCUCCGCCACCCACUGACCCUCGCCAUGAGAGCAGGCGCCUCUGGACGAUCGCCUGCUCGGUCGUCAUCCUGGUUACCGCAGUCAUGACAACGGCCGUCGCCCUAGGUCGCACUGGUGGCACCUUCCGCCGAGCUCACGAGUACCGCACUGAAGCAGAUACCACCACAAAUUGGCUGUGA